GCGGGGAUUCGGCGGCCGGGAGGGAGUCGUCGGCGCCGCGGCCGCUGCGGACUGACGCCUGCCUGCCGGCUGAGAGCCUCCUGAGAUUCUGCUUUGGCACCUCCAGCAUUUGGCUUCUGCUCAGAUUAAGAUGUGCCUGUUUGUAGAAGUUGAGGAACUUGCUGGGCUCCAGGUUCUGGGGUACUCUUUCUACUGCAUUAUGAUGCUGCUGCUUAUGUUGCUGAAUAAAUGAAUUUUGAUCAUUUUAUUAAAGUGCACCUCUGUGGAAAAAGAAGCAACUAACAAAAGACAGUGGUAACAAGGAUUAUUCAGUGUGCGAUUUGCAGGAUGUCCAUGGCGACAUUGAAAAUGAAUUCCUUAUUUUCACCAGAUAUUCUUAUAUGAGAAGAUCCGUUUCAAACAGUCUAGAUAUUUUAACUUCUGUUGGACCAGCAUGGCAGGAUUCAAGCGAGGGUAUGAUGGAAAGAUUGCUGGAUUAUAUGAUCUGGAUAAAACCUUGGGUCGAGGUCAUUUUGCAGUGGUUAAACUUGCCAGGCAUGUCUUUACAGGUGAAAAAGUAGCAGUAAAAGUUAUUGACAAGACAAAAUUGGACACUUUAGCCACUGGUCAUCUUUUCCAAGAAGUGAGAUGCAUGAAACUAGUGCAGCAUCCCAACAUCGUACGCCUUUAUGAAGUUAUUGACACCCAGACCAAACUAUAUCUUAUUCUAGAACUUGGGGAUGGAGGAGAUAUGUUCGAUUAUAUAAUGAAACACGAAGAGGGACUUAAUGAAGAUUUGGCUAAGAAGUACUUUGCUCAGAUUGUUCAUGCCAUAUCUUAUUGCCAUAAACUCCAUGUGGUUCACAGAGACUUAAAACCAGAGAAUGUGGUCUUCUUUGAAAAACAAGGUCUUGUAAAGUUGACAGACUUUGGUUUCAGCAACAAAUUUCAACCAGGGAAGAAGCUUACUACAAGCUGUGGAUCUCUUGCAUAUUCUGCUCCAGAAAUUCUGCUUGGUGAUGAGUAUGAUGCACCCGCAGUAGAUAUAUGGAGUCUGGGAGUGAUCCUUUUCAUGUUGGUGUGUGGGCAACCACCUUUUCAAGAGGCCAAUGACAGUGAAACAUUGACAAUGAUCAUGGAUUGCAAAUAUACAGUACCAUCCCAUGUGUCCAAAGAGUGUAAAGACCUGAUCACACGGAUGCUACAGAGAGAUCCCAAGAGAAGGGCCUCCUUAGAAGAGAUUGAAAAUCAUCCUUGGCUUCAGGGAGUGGACCCUUCACCAGCAACAAAGUAUAACAUUCCCCUCGUGUCGUACAAAAACCUCUCAGAGGAGGAACACAACAGCAUCAUUCAGCGCAUGGUGCUCGGGGACAUAGCAGACCGCGACGCCAUUGUGGAGGCCCUGGAAACCAACAGGUAUAAUCAUAUCACAGCCACUUACUUCUUACUUGCUGAAAGGAUCCUGAGGGAGAAGCAAGAGAAAGAAAUACAAACCAGAUCUGCAAGUCCUAGCAAUAUCAAGGCCCAGUUUAGACAGUCAUGGCCCACCAAAAUUGAUGUACCCCAGGACCUUGAGGAUGAUCUCACGGCCACUCCUCUGUCCCAUGCGACUGUCCCUCAGUCUCCUGCUCGGGCUGCCGACAAUGUCCUCAAUGGCCACAGGAGCAAAGGCCUGUGUGACUCAUCUAAAAAGGACGACCUCCCUGAGUUGGCUGGACCGGCACUCUCCACGGUGUCCUCGGCGAGCUUGAAAACCACGGCCAGCGGGCGCAAGUGCCUGUUCCGCGUGGAGGAGGACGAAGAGGAAGAUGAGGAGGACAAGAAGCCUAUGUCCCUCUCGACACAAGUGGUUCUGCGCCGGAAGCCCUCAGUGACCAACCGGUUGACGUCAAGGAAGAGCGCUCCCGUCCUCAACCAGAUCUUUGAGGAAGGGGAGUCAGAUGAUGAGUUCGACAUGGAUGAGAACCUGCCCCCCAAGCUGAGCCGACUCAAGAUGAACAUCGCCUCCCCAGGCACGGUGCACAAGCGCUACCACCGCAGGAAAAGCCAGGGCCGUGGCUCCAGCUGUAGCAGCUCAGAGACCAGCGACGAUGACUCCGAGAGCCGGCGGCGGCUGGACAAAGACAGCGGCUUCACCUACUCCUGGCACCGGCGGGAUAGCAGCGAGGGGCCCCCUGGCAGCGAGGGCGAUGGCGGGGGCCAGGGCAAGCCGAGCGCCGGCAGCAGCGGUGCGGACAAGGCCAGCCCGAGCGAGAACAACGCAGGCGGGGGCAGCCCUGCAGGUGGCUCGGGCGGCAAGCCCACCAGCACAUCGGGCAGCACGCGCCGCUGCGCCGGCCCCGGGCCCGGCGAGCUGGUGCAGAGCCUCAAACUCAUGAGCCUCUGCCUCGGCUCCCAGCUGCACGGCGGCGCCAAGUACAUUCUCGACCCGCAGGGCGGCUUGUCCUUCUCCAGCGUCAAGGUCCAGGAGAAGUCCACGUGGAAGAUGUGCAUCAGCUCCACGGGGAACGCGGGCCAGGCCUCAGGCGUGGGCAGCAUAAAGUUCUUCUCUGACCACGUGGCAGACAGCAGCACUGAGUUAGAACGGAUAAAGAGCAAGAACCUGAAAAAUAAUGUGCUACAGCUACCUCUGUGUGAAAAGACCAUCUCUGUGAACAUCCAGCGGAACCCUAAGGACGGGCUGCUGUGCGCCUCCAGCCAGGCCAGCUGCUGCCAUGUCAUCUGACUGCAGCCUGCUCUGGCCACUGGGCACUCUUCCUGCUCGAAGUGGUGAAGACUGGCUCGCUUCACUCUUCUCUUUUUGGUUUUACUCUUUAAAGUGGGCGUUAGGAGCAGUUAUUUAUUACCUUUUCAUUUCUUCGCCUGACGAUGUGACAAUGCAUGGUCUUUGUGCAUGCUGCUAGACACUUCUUUUCCAGCCGAGAAGUCUGUUGUGUAAUUUUUACAUUUAUAAUUUUAAUGUGGAGGAUCAGGAUUAAAUUAAAAUGUAUAUUUGGAACCUAAUAUAAAUGGAGCACUUAGAAAUUUGGUGUUCUGCACUUAAUCUAGAGAAAAAAAUGCUUUUGUUUCCUUGUGAAAAAUCUAAAUUCCUGUCCUGACCUUCUGUGCUAACGGGGACUCCGUGCUCGGAGGCACACUCUGUGGUGUCUGAGACAGAACCAAAGCAAUAACGUGGUGAUGCCGACAGGCCUGGAGCCUGUGAGCGCAUGCGCGCCCCACCUUCCGAGGCCUGUGCGGAGCAGAGUACAGUGGGGGUCUGCACUGAGAACCUUAAAACCAUGAUUUCAACACACCCACACCUGUUUGUCUUAAGCUAUAGUGCGAAAACAAGUUUGGGCUCUUAAAAUGUAACUGAAAAAGAUUUUCUUGUUUUGUACGAGGUGAUAUGAAGUACUUCGAUUUAUAAGGCGGCUUCCCCGUAGUGAUAAAUUACAAGCAGACAAUCCUAUUUUGUAAUGUGAUGAAGUGAACUGAUGGUGUCUUAACUCUACUUAUAGAGUGUAUAGUCUGUCUAACAGAACAAACAGAUGCUCGGUGUAAAUUCCUUCCUAGAGGGCUCACCCUAGGCUUUCCUUUAAAACCAUGUAGAUAGAAGAAACUGUAGGGCCUAAUACGGGAGCAAAGGUGCACACAGAGGUUGGCAAAGUCUAAACCCUAUAAAUUAAAAAAAAAAAAAAAAAAAAAAACUACUGGGAUUUGAUUUUUAGGAGUUUGGUAAUUAGGCUGUCUCUCUUGUUUUUUCCAUUCUACUAUGUCCUUUAGCUUAGUAAGCUAUGAAAACUGGCUGGUCAAAAACACAUAUAAAAGACCAAAAUUCACACAUACAGCAAACAAAAAUGCACAAAGCCUGCUUUGUUUUUUGUUGUUGUUGUCGUUUUGGUUUUCGCUUUUUUUUUUUUUUUUCUGGGAGUGUUUUUCACUUUGCCUUCCUGCCAAAACAAUAAUCAAAGAACUCUUGCUUUAAACUGUUCCUGUACAAAGACUACUUUGACCAGAUAAUCAUCUUUCAUGGCAUUUUAUCUUGUAAGACGCAGUAUAUUGCAGAUUGCUAAUUUUGGAAGGGGCCAGAUGCUUCUUUUUCAGGCUGUGCCCUGGGGGUCUUCAAAGCAACCCUUAUCCACAUUGGUGAUAGGAUGUGGCUGGGCGGAGUUGGGGGAGGGGGACCUUCCCACACUCAGCAGCUUUCCUUCGUGGCUCUGAAGUGACAGUCACUUUGUCUGUAGAGUGGGCAGAGCACCAAAGGACUGCAUUUCAUUGGUCACGGUUUCUCCAAGUACACACUGACUCUGCUACUUAGGAUUCAUAGAUUUUACUCUGAACUCUGAAUUUCACAAUAUACUUACUAAACUAAGAUGAUACCUAAAAUACUUAUUUUGCUUUCUAGACCUAGGCUAGAUAUGUUUUAAGCUACAGCUCUAGUUCAUUGUGAUAUUUAUAAUUGAAAGCUACCAGAAAAGAUGUGUGGGUGAAGCCAUAGAACAUAUUUGCUUGAAAUUCUUGAGCAGGGAUCUUAUAAAGGGCCAGAAAUAAGAUGUGUGGUUCACAUAGAUAGUGAGCGUAACAUCUGUAUUAAACGUAGGAGAGAAGUUUAUAAAGGGCAUUGGCAAUAAACUCUUUGUUGCAGCUGUUUUCCAAGUAAUGUAAAUACUUCUUCCUGUGAUUAUGUAUAGCCUUGGAAUGGCACCUUUUAACUAACCCGUAUGUGUUUGGUUUUCAAUGGUUUUUUAUAUUCAGAUGUAUAUAUGGUGCUCACUUUAGGAUCAGCAGUGUUGACCGUUUAUGCUGCAUAGCUGUAUUAUAGCCUUAUUAGUUGUGUGUGGUUGGUUGACCCUCUGGGUAUACAGAUGUUAGUCUGAGUGGCGUCUUACUCAUUUGUUCAUAAGUGAAUGAUUGUGCAUGUGUUGUAUGUCAUAGUAUGUCGUCACAUAAAAGGGAGGGAGCAAAUAACCAUUACAUUAAGAUAAUAUUGGACCAAACUAUUUACUAGCUCUAAACAGUUUCUUGUACCCCUUAACCUGUCUUCAGAAAUUGCAUAGAGUUAUAGUAGUGUGUAAAUUAAAUAUUGUGGAAAAACAAUUAGUCUUGUAUUUUUCUGUAUGUGUGUGUACAUAUAUUAUAUAUAUACACAUAUAUAUAUAUACAUAUAUAUAUAUAAAAUUAUGUACUUCUGGCAAUUCUGUCUGUAUUUAAAGAUGUGACAAUCUUGACACCGAUUUUAAGAAUAGCUGUGAGACUGAAUCAAAGUAAAGAUAUCCCUACCAAGUAAGAAUUGAUGUGUGUUAAGAGGGUACAGAAUUAUCAGCUGAUUUGGUCAGUCGCUUCCACUGCUGGUUGAUUUUCCUCAUUGUGUAAACAUUGACAGGUAUGUGACAAAUGGGAAAAAAAAAAUCCAAAUAAUAAAGUGGCAUAUUGGUGUUCAGCAAUA